CUGUUUCAUGCGCGCCACCGGACGAGGAAGGAUAUCCGCGGUUGGGGAACAGCCGGGCGCGCGAACUGUCAUGGCGGCCGCCGAAAUGGGAUUAGAGGGUGUUGGUGCUACUGCCGCCCCCAGGCCGGACGCCGGGACGCAGCGGGCAGAGUUCUUGCCGCUUCUAGGGGCGGCUCUGAUGCCGGGGGAGUCCUGGUUCUUGAUUGACAGCCGGUGGUUUAAGCAGUGGAAGAAAUAUGUGGGCUUUGAUAGUUGGGACCUGUACCACGUUGGAGAGCCUAAUCUCUUUCCGGGACCGAUUGAUAACUCUGGGCUUUUUGAAGAUUCAGAAGCUCAAACAUUGAAAGAGCACCUAAUUGAUGAGUUGGAUUAUGUGUUGGUUCCUACUGAAGCUUGGAAUAAACUAGUAAACUGGUAUGGCUGUAUAGAGGGACAACAGCCAAUUGUCAGAAAAGUUGUAGAGUAUGGUCUGUUUGUGAAGCACUGCAAAGUAGAGGUUUAUCUUCUGGAGCUGAAACUGUGUCAGAACAGUGACCCUGCUAAUCUUAUAAGCUCUUAUUUCAGCAAAGGAGACACUGUUGCUACCAUUGAAAAAGAAAUGAGAAAGCUAUUUAAUAUCCCAGCUGACAAGGAGAUUAGGCUAUGGAGUAGAUAUAUGAGUAAUACUUACGAGCAGCUAAGCAAACUUGACAGCACUAUACAAGAUGCGGGACUCUAUCAGGGACAGGUAGUGUUAAUAGAAGUAAAGAAUGAAGAUGGUACAUGGCCCAGGCAGUCAUCUCUGGCAAAAUCUAGCACUGCAACUAGAAGUCUAACUACCUCUUCAAAAUCACCAGCAAGCUCUUGCUCCUCAGUUGCCUCUUCAACCAUUACGAAUGGUGAUAGCAAUAACUCUUAUGGGUUGAACUGUUCCAGCCUUGGCAAAGGAGGCUCUAGCUUUUCUUGCAACUCUUUCAACAACCGGGAGAGCCCUCCUCACACGCAGCCUGGUCUUUGUGGGCUCAGUAACCUGGGAAAUACAUGUUUCAUGAACUCUGCGUUACAGUGUUUGAGUAACGCCCCUCCACUGACUGAUUAUUUCCUGGAAGAUAAAUAUGAAGCUGAAAUAAAUCAGGACAAUCCUCUUGGAAUGAGGGGAGAAAUUGCAGAAGCUUAUGCAGAGCUCAUCAAACAGAUGUGGUCUGGCAGGCACUCUCAUGUGGCUCCCCGCAUGUUUAAAACCCAUGUUGGCAGAUUCGCACCUCAGUUUUCAGGAUAUCAGCAACAAGAUUCCCAGGAGCUUCUGGCAUUUCUUCUAGAUGGUUUACAUGAAGAUUUAAACAGAGUAAAGAAGAAACCUUAUUUGGAGUUGAAAGAUGCUAAUGGCAGGCCUGAUGUGGUAGUGGCGAAAGAGGCAUGGGAGAACCAUCAACUUCGUAAUGACUCAAUUAUCGUUGAUAUUUUUCAUGGUCUUUUCAAAUCCACAUUGGUUUGCCCAAAAUGUUCUAAAGUUUCUGUGACUUUUGAUCCUUUUUGCUAUUUAACCCUUCCAUUGCCCUUGAAGAAAGAUAGACCUAUGGAUGUGUUCCUGGUCUUUGCAGAUCCACAGCGCAGACCUACUCAAUAUCGGGUAAUUGUGCCAAUGAUGGGGGCUGUAUCUGACCUGUGUGAUGCGCUCUCAAAACUUUCUGGCAUCCCUGCAGAAAAUAUGAUGGUGACAGAUGUUUAUAAUCACAGAUUCCACAAAAUUUUCCAGAUGGAUGAGGGCUUAAGUCAUAUUAUGCCAAAAGACAACAUCUUUGUGUAUGAAGUUUGCAAACCAAUGGAGGACAGUGCUGAAUGCAUCACUCUUUCAGUUUACUUCAGAGAGAAGAAAGCCAGACAAUCUAACACAACUCCAGGAACUAUUCUUUAUGGCCAGCCACUUCUCCUGUCUAUAUCUAAGCACAAACUCACUCUAGAUUAUUUAUAUAGUGUUAUUUUGGAGCGGAUUAGUCGGUAUGUAAAGCUUUCUUUGAUGGAGGAACUUUCUGAUGUAUCUGCAAACCGUGAAACUUGUAAUGGAGCCAGUGGCGUUUCUGAAGGUGAAAUUGAAGAGAUGGAACAUCAGAAUGGAGAGGAAGAAAACAGGGAGAAAGUGUUGGAAACUGUUGCCUGCCAGUCAGAAGACUGCAUUCAGGAUGAGCUGGGAAAGGAGGAAGACUUGCAACACAGGAAGCGUCUCUUCAGCUUCAGUCUUGUGAAUUCUUAUGGGACAUCAGAAAUAAAUUCCCUUACCACAGAGGGGAAAGUCCUCAAGUUGAGUUCCCAUGCCACUCUUGCUAUUGACUGGGAUUCUGGGACCCGCAAGUUGCUUUUUGAUGAACAAGAAGCACAGGCGUUUGAAAAACACAACAGUAUGUUCCAGCCCCAGAAGAAGAAAACUACUGUAGCCCUUAGAGACUGCAUUGAACUCUUCACUACAAUGGAAACACUUGGUGAACAUGAUCCCUGGUAUUGUCCUAAUUGCAAGAAGCAUCAGCAAGCCACCAAGAAGUUUGACCUUUGGUCACUUCCACGUAUUUUGGUGGUGCAUUUAAAACGUUUCUCAUACAACAGAUACUGGAGAGAUAAACUUGACACUGUGGUUGACUUCCCCAUCAGGGAUUUGAACAUGUCUGAGUUUGUUUGUGACCCGGCAGCAAGCCCAUACAUUUAUGACCUCAUUGCUGUUUCUAAUCACUAUGGAGGCAUGGGUGUGGGACAUUAUACUGCAUAUGCAAAGAAUAAAUUAAAUGGCAAAUGGUACUACUUUGAUGACAGCAGUGUGUCUCCAGCAUCAGAAGAGCAAAUAGUAACAAAAGCAGCAUAUGUACUAUUCUACCAGCGGAGAGAUGGCGAGGCCAAGAGAGAUCCAUCUCUUUGCACAAAUGUUGAGCUGACAUCUGAAGAGUGUGAUGGCAUGGAUACUAACUGAGCCUACCUGGCAGUGUUUCAAGCAAUCAUAUUGUGCAUUUGAAAAUACAGCUGAAGCAUUUGAGAAAUGCUCCAUGUGUACAACUCAAAAGGGGAAGUCCAGUAUAGAAGUACUCAGUGAGCAGUGACAAUAGCACAAGGGAAGCAAUAAAAUUACAACACUGAUUACAUUAUAAUUUAUUUAUUUUUAAUGCAAUUCUUCCCUGCUUUUAUUACAACCUUUCUUCUCCUCCAAACAGUCCCCACUCUAUGACCAGUUUUCCUGGACUCUGGUAGUUGCCACAAUCUGAAACGAGCUUUAGUGCAUUCUUUUGGCUGUUGCUUCUUCUGAGGGGGUCCCUGGAAACUGUUGGGACUUUCACUGAGAUGUGUUGCUUUUUGAUCGUUUGUUAGCCUUGCCACCUUUUGGGAUGGUGUGUUCCUGAAGCAACAUCUUGAGGACCAACUUAAGCAUUAUAAUUUCAUCUUUUAGAUCUCUGACAGUAUUCUUCAGCCUUUGAAGUCAUGGCUCAAGCUCAUAAGAGGAGGAUUGUGCAGCCAUCCUUGAGAGAUCUUUCUGCACCCAUCUACAAUGGCUAAGAGCAGGAGGCAUUUGAGGACGCAUGGGCAGACUUCUAUUAUGACAUCACUUUCUGCCCACCAAAAAGAAGUGGCCAACAAAGCCCGGGGCAUAGAGGCCUGUGACUGUGGCCAAGGGGAAGGGGGAAGGUGCCGGGUGGAUUACAUUUUAAUUUUAUUGUAAUUGUUUUUAUAAUAAACACAAUUUACCUUCACCCUUCAAUAAAGUGUUACUAUAAGCCAGAACUGUAUGGAACCAGAUGUUACACUGUGCAUGUCAAGGAACAGCUGCCUGAGCUACAUGGCAAGAAUAAAUUCAAAACCUUAGCUGUAAAUACACUUCAGCUGAGGAACCAUAUGCAUUGUGAAAGGUGCAUGGGCUGUUUGGUAUCAGGAGCACUGCAGAAGUGCCUGCUGAUAUUUUAGGCCCAUUUUCUCAAUCCACCUGGGAUACUAGAGUGCUGCUAAAACCGUUCUUGUGAAUACUGUUGUGGCUUUAUUUAAUUUCGAAGAUCUGCUCUAUAGCAGUAUUGUGGGUGUUUUGAACACUCUUUAGCAACCCAACUAAAUCUAUCUUGGUUGUGUUUAAAUGGUAAUUUACAUACUGCAGAGGGAAGAUUUUAUUUUUAUUUUUCUCCUUGGGAUCCACUAGGGAACUGGACCACCCAAGACAAAUUAAACCAGUUACAUAGCCCACUUGCCAUUUAGCAAAAUUAGUCAUAAGUGUUUGAAUGCCCACUCACUGUAAUUUUUUUAAGCAAAGCCCUUCUUGCUGUCUACUACAUUAUUCUUGCUGACAAUCCUCCCUUGACUACUAAAUAGGUCUGCAGAAUGGUCUUUAUAAAGCACUGAGAUUUGAGUUGUUUGGUUCAGUUACUGAUGCUUAUGGAUUUUAAUGUUGGUUUGAGGUUUUUACCUUGACUGGAUAUUUCCCCCCUGCAUUCUACAGAUGGGAUUGGAAUUAUUUAAAGGCUAAAUUCAGUUGUAGCACUGCACUGUAUUUCCCUUUUGCUUUGGUUUUUCCUGUUUUUCUGGGGUUAUGUAUUCUUUUGGAAUUUAACUUUUUGAGAGAUAAGAAAACAUAUUUAAAAGUAAGGAGCAAUUUAAUGUAAACUGUAUAUCUUUGCUCCAUACUGAAUCAGGAACCUUUUUUCCUGUUCUUAGUAUGGUUGGAUUGAGCAUGUUUGUGGGUAAUCUUGGGCUCCUGAGAAUCUUCUAAAUGCUGUAAAGAUGGUAUUAGGAACCAGGCUUUUGACUCUGACCAGGCAGGAUCCUAGCUGGUGUGUACAUUCUGUAUAAUGUCAAAACCUGUUUUUAGACUAGCACUUUGUAAGUGGCUGGCUUUACUGUAUAAAGAACAAAAAUAAAAAUGAGUGGAUCGCA